GACCAGACCCGGUCCCCUGCUCCCGCCUGCCCUCAGCUGUGCCCGGUGCACGCCCGCCCCAGGGAACCGCAGCCGGGAGCUGCCCUUGGAGGAGGAUCUUUUACCUGCUUCUUUGGAAAGUGCUUCACCAUCACGCGGCGCGCGCUCCCGCCCCUUCCCCUCUUUCUAGGCACCACGCGGUUUUUUCGGCUAAGUAACUUUUGCACUCCCGCCUCUCCUCUCCCUUCCCCCCACUCCUGGGGACCAGAGGCGGUACCGAGUCUGGGGGCGGUUCCGUGGCAGCGUUGAUUCACGUCUGGGCCAGACUUUUGCUCCAGGGCUGGGUUUGUAUCGCCCCGAUUAUACCCUCAGGAAAGAGGAGCCAGGCCCCUUCCAGCCUCAGCUUCCGGCUCAGAGCAGACCCCCCUCCCCCAUCCCACUCCCCUUCCCGUUCUCCCUCCUGUUCCUCUCUCGGCCACAAUAUUUCAUUAGUGCUCUCCCCCUACUCCGCAGUAUUUUCUUUCUUUUUCCCUCCUCUCCAUUUGUCGUUUUAUAUUUCCCACUGUUUGAGGAAGGAUGGUUGAUUUGGAGAGCGAAGUGCCCCCUCUGCCUCCCAGGUACAGGUUUCGGGAUUUGCUGUUAGGGGACCAAGGAUGGCAAAACGACGACAGGGUACAAGUUGAAUUCUAUAUGAAUGAAAACACAUUUAAAGAGAGACUAAAGUUAUUUUUUAUUAAAAACCAGAGAUCAAGUUUAAGAAUACGCCUGUUCAAUUUUUCUCUCAAAUUAUUAAGCUGUUUAUUAUACAUAAUCCGAGUGCUACUGGAAAACCCUUCACAAGGAAAUGAAUGGUCUCAUAUCUUUUGGGUGAACAGAAGUCUACCUUUAUGGGGCUUACAGGUUUCAGUGGCAUUGAUAAGUCUAUUUGAAACAAUAUUACUUGGUUACCUCAGUUAUAAGGGAAACAUCUGGGAACAGAUUUUACGAAUACCCUUCGUCUUGGAAAUAAUUAAUGCGGUUCCCUUCAUUAUCUCAAUAUUCUGGCCUUCCUUAAGGAAUUUAUUUGUGCCAGUCUUUCUAAAUUGUUGGCUUGCCAAACAUGCCUUGGAAAAUAUGAUUAAUGAUCUGCACAGAGCCAUUCAGCGUACACAGUCUGCAAUGUUUAAUCAAGUUUUGAUUUUAAUAUCUACAUUACUAUGUCUUAUCUUCACCUGCAUUUGUGGAAUCCAGCAUCUCGAACGAAUAGGAAAGAAGCUGAAUCUCUUUGACUCCCUUUAUUUCUGCAUUGUGACAUUUUCUACGGUAGGAUUUGGGGAUGUCACUCCUGAAACUUGGUCCUCCAAGCUCUUUGUGGUUGCUAUGAUCUGUGUUGCUCUUGUGGUUCUACCCAUACAGUUUGAACAGCUGGCCUAUUUAUGGAUGGAGAGGCAAAAGUCAGGUGGGAACUAUAGUCGACACAGAGCUCAAACUGAAAAGCAUGUUGUUCUGUGUGUCAGCUCACUGAAGAUUGAUUUGCUUAUGGAUUUUUUAAAUGAAUUCUACGCUCAUCCAAGACUACAGGAUUAUUAUGUGGUGAUUCUGUGUCCUACUGAAAUGGACGUGCAAGUUCGAAGGGUGCUGCAGAUCCCAAUGUGGUCACAAAGAGUUAUCUACCUUCAAGGUUCAGCCCUGAAAGAUCAGGACCUAUUGAGAGCAAAGAUGGAUGAUGCUGAGGCCUGUUUUAUUCUGAGCAGCCGUUGUGAAGUAGAUAGGACAUCAUCUGAUCACCAAACAAUUUUGAGAGCAUGGGCUGUGAAAGAUUUUGCUCCAAAUUGUCCUUUAUAUGUCCAGAUAUUAAAGCCUGAAAAUAAAUUCCAUAUCAAAUUUGCUGAUCAUGUUGUUUGUGAAGAAGAGUUUAAAUACGCCAUGUUAGCUUUAAACUGUAUAUGCCCAGCAACAUCUACGCUUAUUACACUACUGGUUCAUACUUCUAGAGGACAGGAGGGCCAACAAUCACCAGAACAGUGGCAGAAGAUGUAUGGGAGAUGCUCUGGGAAUGAAGUGUACCACAUUGUUCUGGAAGAAAGCACAUUUUUUGCUGAAUAUGAAGGGAAGAGUUUUACAUAUGCCUCUUUUCAUGCACACAAAAAGUUUGGCGUCUGUUUGAUUGGUGUUAGGAGAGAGGAUAAUAAAAACAUUUUGCUGAAUCCAGGUCCUCGAUACAUUAUGAAUGCUACAGAUAUAUGCUUUUAUAUUAAUAUUACCAAAGAAGAAAAUUCGGCAUUUAAGAACCAAGACCAGCAGAGAAAAAGCAAUGUAUCAAGGACAUUUUAUCAUGGACCUUCCAGAUUACCUGUACAUAGUAUAAUUGCCAGCAUGGGCACUGUGGCUAUAGACUUGCAAGAUACAAGCUGUAGAUCAGCAAGUGGCCCUACCUUGUCUCUUCCUUCAGAGGGAGGCAAAGAGAUGAGAAGACCUAGCAUUGCUCCUGUUUUAGAGGUUGCAGAUACAUCAUCAAUUCAAACAUGUGAUCUUCUGAGCGAUCAGUCGGAAGAUGAAACUACACCAGAUGAAGAAAUAUCCUCAAAUUUAGAGUAUGCUAAAGGCUACCCCCCUUACUCUCCAUAUAUAGGAAGUUCACCCACAUUUUGUCAUCUCCUUCAUGAAAAAGUGCCAUUUUGCUGCUUAAGAUUAGACAAGAGUUGCCAGCAUAACUACUAUGAGGAUGCAAAAGCCUAUGGAUUCAAAAAUAAACUAAUUAUAGUUGCAGCUGAAACAGCUGGAAAUGGAUUGUACAAUUUUAUUGUUCCUCUCAGGGCAUAUUAUAGACCAAAGAAAGAACUGAAUCCCAUAGUACUGCUAUUGGAUAACCCUCUAGAUGAUUUACUCAGGUGUGGAGUGACUUUUGCUGCCAACAUGGUGGUUGUGGAUAAAGAAAGUACCAUGAGUGCCGAAGAAGACUACAUGGCAGAUGCCAAAACGAUUGUAAAUGUACAGACCCUUUUCAGGUUGUUUUCCAGUCUCAGUAUUAUCACAGAGCUUACUCACCCAGCCAACAUGAGAUUCAUGCAAUUCAGAGCCAAAGACUGUUACUCUCUUGCUCUUUCAAAACUGGAAAAGAAAGAACGGGAGAGAGGUUCUAAUUUGGCCUUUAUGUUUCGACUGCCUUUUGCUGCUGGGAGGGUGUUUAGCAUCAGCAUGUUGGACACACUUUUAUAUCAGUCUUUUGUGAAGGAUUACAUGAUUUCUAUCACCAGACUUCUGUUGGGACUGGACACCAUACCAGGCUCAGGGUUUCUUUGUUCUAUGAAAAUCACUGAGGAUGACUUAUGGAUCAGAACUUAUGCCAGACUUUAUCAGAAGUUGUGUUCUUCUACAGGAGAUGUCCCCAUCGGAAUCUACAGGACUGAGUCUCAGAAACUUGCUGCAUCUGAGCCUCGAGAAAUAGCAUCACAAUCUCAAAUAUCUAUCAGUGUAGAAGAGUGGGAAGACACCAAAGAUACCAAAGAACAAGGUCACCACCGCAGCAACCACCGCAACUCGACAUCUAGCGACCAGUCAGACCACCCCUUGCUGCGAAGAAAGAGCAUGCAGUGGGCCCGAAGACUGAGCAGAAAAGGUCCAAAACACAGUGGUAAAACAGCUGAGAAGAUAACCCAGCAGCGAUUGAACCUCUACCGGAGGUCAGAAAGACAAGAGCUUGCUGAACUUGUGAAAAAUAGAAUGAAACACUUGGGUCUUUCCACAGUAGGAUAUGAUGAAAUGAAUGAUCAUCAAAGUACCCUCUCCUACAUCCUGAUUAACCCAUCUCCAGAUACCAGGAUAGAGCUGAACGAUGUGGUAUAUUUAAUCCGACCAGAUCCAUUGGCCUACCUUCCAAACAGUGAACCCAGUCGAAAAAACAGCUUCUGCAAUGCCACUGGACAAGACGCUCGGGAAGAAACUCAGCUAUGAUAAAAAGAAAAGAGACAUUUUUAUUUCUACCAGGACUUUGCUCAAGACAGCUCUAACCCUUAGGACAAAAGUGCUGCUGACAUGAAACAAACGAGAUUGGAAUAGGUUCAAUUCUCUCAUAUUUAAAAAAAAAAAAAAAAUUGUUCUAAUUAUAGAUUAUUUUGAAACUUCAUGUGCUGCUUAAUAAUUGCUCCUUCCCAUUAAUAUUUGAAAGAUAUCAAUGGAAUGAUUUUGGAAAACUAGAUUAAAACAUGAAGAUUUAAAUAUUAUAUUUAUUAAUUACUUGAAAAUGAUCUGAACCACAUGAAGCCAAUUUUAAAAUGAUUAGAGUUUUAUGAACGUAAACAAAAAAUCCAACUCCUUUUUGUGCAUCACAAUGGACAUGGAAAUUGUUGCUUUCCUUAGUGUGUCAUUUUUAUAUUCUUUAAACUUGCUGUUAUAUCGAAUUGGAAUCAUUAUAAAGGUCUAGUCUUCUCUACAAAGAAAUUAACAAACUGGGUGGCUGAUUUUCAUCUAAGGAUCAUAGUUUGCUUUGGAAUACGCAUCUUUAAGUCAUUUUAAUCUUUUUUUGUCUGACUUUUCAUAUGGGACCAUAUUCAUUUUAGAAUUUGAGAUGGUCAUAGCAUGUUUUAUGACACUUAAGAAACCAAAACAUAAACGGAAAGAAAUAUUAAGUACCUGAAUAUUUUUAAAACUUUAAUAUGACAUACAGGAAGUGUACUAAAAAACAAAUCAUCUGUUGCUCUCCUAAAAGAAUGCGUAGCAUAGAGAAGAUACUUAACACACAAUUUGUUGGUAUACAUUUAAUCCAAAAAUUGGUAUUUUAACUGGAUUUCUUGAAAUGUGCAGCUAUGAUUUUCAUUAGACUCGUGGGCAUUAACAUUUUUCAUAUAUUUGUAUAGUAUACUAAUUGGAAGGAUAGUUUAAAAUUCAAAGAUGCAAAAUUAUACUUUUUAUGAAAUACAAAGUCAUUUCAAAAUACUAAAAGUCCUCCUUUAUGCCCUGGAUAUUAAAAUAAUCAAGAGCCCUGGUGGCACAAUGGUUAAGUACUUGGCUGCUAACUAAAAGGUGUGAGAUUUGAACCCACCAGCCGCUCUAAGGGAGAAAAGACCUGGCAACCUGCUCCGAUAAAGAUUACAGCCUAGAAAACCCUAUGGAGCAGUUCUACUCUGUCUGACAGGGUAGACGUGAGUCAGAAUCAACUCAAUGGCACAGAACAACAAUUAAAAUAAUCACAAAAACUUUUGUAUGUAAAAACAUUUUAUUUAACUUUGAAAAAUCAUAUAGAGGAACUAUGUUUUAGCAUAGUAAGAAAAAAACAUAUAAUUUAAAAUAUGUACUUUUAAAUUUAAUAUGAAUGAUGCAGAAUUUGGCAUAACUGUUAAUGAAAUUUACAACAAAAUUUAAAGGUAAAUUGACUCUUGAUGGCAUCAGUGAUUUUGUCUGUAUUGUUUUCCCCCCCCCCUUUUUUUUUAAUGGAAACAGGCCAAAAAGCACAAGAGAAUGUAUACAUAGUUUACAGGUAUUUAAAGCGUGGAAAGGUAUAUCUGGAAACCCUGGUGGCGUAGUGGCAAAGUGCUACGGCUGCUAACCAAGAGGUUGGUAGUUCGAAUCUGCCAGGCGCUCCUUGGAAACUCUAUCGGGCAGUCCUACUCUGUCCUGUAGGGUCCUACAAGUCGGAAUCAACUCAACGGCAGUGGGUUUUUUUUUGUUUUUUUUUUAAGGUAUAUCUGUGGGUGAAAUAUUGGGAAAUUAAAAAAUAUAUUUUUCUUCUAAUUCUGUAUUUUUUUUAUUUCUGAAUUUGACAUUAUGUUUUACUUUGGCAAAAAAAAUAGUAUAUAUAAGACUAGAAUGGGACAUUUUAUCCUUUCUUUUCAUAGAGAAGCAGAUUAAUUGAAAGGAAAACAGAAGGAUUAAAAAGCAUGGAUAAAGAAAGCUUAAUAAUCCCCCAAUAAUUCUAUAAAAUAAAAUUGAAAAUCAAAGAUUAUACUUAUUGUAUAAUUUGGCUUAGAAAACAUGAAAUGUCAAUUUUUUUUACCUUUUUUUUUUUUUUUUUACUAUCCUACCCUCAUUUUACAAUAACAAGAACAACAAGAAUUUCCCCUAAUACUUAGAAAGAUCGUAUGUAUAUCAAUCUGUAUAUGUUAUAAACACAUAUAAAAUACAUUUGACAAACACAGUCAUAUAAAAAGUUGCAAAACUAAAGACAGAAUUGGACUUAUAUAUGUAAUGGAGAACAACAAUAACUUUAAUUUUUUUUUAUUUGCUAAUCUGUAGUCAACUAUGAUGUUUCUUUGAGUUGACAUUUCCUUGCUCCAUUGCAGUUAUUUUUAGAAAUAAAUGUAAGAUUUUACAAAUAUUCUGUUUCCCCACAGGAUCUCAAGGUCAGCGUUUUUACAAAAUGGCAGUCCUUAAGACUAGGAUUUUAAGCUAGGACAUGAUUACAUUUCCUAUAAAACUAGAAAUUAUUUGAUAAAAUCUUAAAUAAGUAUUUUUGAUUAUGAACAUUAGUCCAAAUUUAAUAUUUGACACAAUUCAUAUCAGCUUGCUAUAUUAAUGGUAGUUUAUUAGCUUUUCUGUUACUUAAAGAAUAAGAACAUGCUUAUAAUAGCCUUUUAAGAAAUGGUUGCCUUUUUAAAUUAAAUUCUACUUGCACAUGAAAAAAAACAAAAUCAAUAAUAGUCCUUGUACCCUUUCGGUUGGUUCUGUUUAUUGUCUAUGUACCAUUUUGCUACCAGUUACAUUGAAUUGCUUUGAAAUAAAUAAUAAAAUUAUUUCUGAUGAUGAAAACUCUUGGUGUUCUUUGUCAAAGUUUAGUUGUUUAGACAAAUUGCAUGUUCAAUGAAACUAUCAAAUUUGUUACUUUGUUAUCUCA